AUGUAUGAUUAUUGUCAACGCGUGAAACGCACGAUCUGGAAGUUAUUAUCCGAAGUUCGGUCAGCAAGGAUACCAAGAGAUUAUACCUUGUACCCUUUCCCUCCACCAAGGCCAAGAGAUUUCUCCUUUACUAGCAAUAUUGAAGUGAGCUGA